AUGGCUACUCACAGCGCUCGGCAACACCCGCGAAGCCCUUUACGAGUGGCUGGAGCUUCCGGAGGUGUUUAUGACAGAAAACGCGCAAUCCAUGACCUCGCAAAAAAUGAAGAUCUUGACUUCAUUGUUGGCGACUGGAUGAGUGAGGCGAGCAUGACGCUCCGAGGAGCGGACAGGUAUGGAAAGAAUGAAGAUUCGUUAAUUGGUAAAGCCUACGAGCCCUACUUCCUCGAACAAAUUGCCCCCGCCUUGCAGUACUUGGAGCACAAACAUAUCAAGGUCUGCAUUAAUGCCGGAGGCAGCGACCCAAAAGGCCUAGCAGAUGCUGUUCGAGACCUGAUCGCACAGGGAGGAUAUCAGCUCAAAGUUGGAUUUGUGACAGGUGACGAUGUCACUCACGCUCUAGAUGAAGUUGUCCAGACAGGGCAUCAAUUCGUCAAUCUGAAUACCGGACAGGACCUCGCUGACUGGCCAUUUGAUCCAAUUAGUGCCCAGUGUUAUCUUGGAGCAGGCGGCAUCGUCGCGGUGUUAGAAGCUGGAGCAGACAUCGUUGUAUGCGGCCGUGUUGCAGACGCAUCGGUGUGCGUAGGCCCCGCAAUGUACUGGCACGGAUGGACUCGAGAUAACAUGGACGAGCUGGCUAAUACGCUCAUGGUCGGACAUAUCAUUGAGUGCAGCACUUACGCGACUGGCGGGUAUUACUCAGGAUUUAAGGAGCUAGGGAUCCACGACACUGACAUGGGUUAUCCGAUUGCUGCAAUCGACCACAAGGGUGAGGCGAUCGUGUAUAUGGAACAGGGGCGAGACGGCUUGGUCUCUCCCGCAACUAUCACCAGCCAGUUGCUCUAUGAGAUUCAGGGCCUACUCUAUUACAACUCCGAUGUCACAGCUAAUAUUGAGAAUAUUCGAGUCGAGGCUAUUGGGAAGAAUCAAGUCCGCGUUUCAGGUGUGAAAGGACUGCCACCCCCAUCAACCACUCGAUUGGGAAUCACGGCAAAAGGCGGUUACCAAGCAGAGUUUCAUUUUUACUUGACUGGCCUUGACAUCAAGGAGAAGUUUGAAAUGGUCAAAAGACAAACCCUCGCCACGAUGGGAGACAAUGUGAAGAGAUUCUCUUGUCUCAAAUUCACAAUUGCCGGAACCGUCCCAGAGGAUCCCGACAGCCAAGAUCAAGCAACCGUGGACAUGCGCAUCUUUGCGCAGUCUCGAGAGCCAGAAGUGUUGUCUGCUGGUGGCCUAGUAGAGUCGGACAGGGGAUCCUUUGCUCGCUAUUGUGUUGAGAAUCUGUUGCAAGGCUACCCGGGAUCGACGAUGGCGAUCGACAUGCGACAAGCACUGGGAAAGCCCUUUUUUGAAUACUUUCCAACGUUACUGCCGCAGAAGUUUGUGAAACAAGUUGCACAUCACCCAGAUGGUACCUCAAAGGCCAUUGAAUCGCCGAAAGUAACAGCCGAGUAUCCCAAAGGCACCCAGGCGUCGAGUGACACGGUCGAUCCCGUUGAUCUGACCAUCUUUGGCCCUACCACAAAGGUGCCUCUAGGCUAUAUUGUCAUGGGAAGGUCGGGAGAUAAAUCUUCGAACUGCAAUGUUGGUUUGUUUGUACGCCACGAAGACGAAUGGGACUGGCUGAGGACUGUUCUCAGUAUGGAGAAGAUGAAAGAACUGCUAGGGAAGGAUUAUAAGGGUGGCAGGAUUGAAAGGUGCGAGCUGCCAAACAUUCUGGCGGUUCAUUUCCACUUAAUUGACCACCUUGAGCGAGGUUAUACAGCGACAAGUGGCUAUGACUGCCUGGGGAAGAAUUGCUGCGAGUACAUUCGGUCAAGGAAAGUUGACAUUCCUAAUAAAUUCCUUGCAAGAGGAAGAAUUUGA